GUGCAUAAAUAUGACAGUGCACACUCACUCUGAAUCCCCUCUUCUUCCAUAAACCCUACUUCUACUUCCCUUUGUUCUCAAACCUUAUCCCUUAUCCUCCCAAAACCAAACCAUGUCUACCUCCGCAGCUUCUCUCGCACUCCCAACCCUCACUCUCCGAACUCGACAACCUCUCUGUUCUCCCCAAUGCUUCUCCUCGUCCCUCUCCCUCACCCCUAACUCCAAACCCAUUUCCAUUUCCGCCGUUUUCCUCAAAACAACGCUGUCGUCGUCGUCGCCGUUGUCGCUGUCGUCUCGCUUCGUUCCCCGUGUCUCUGUGUUGGAGCAGGAGGAGGACACCUUCGGCGACGGAGACGGCCCCAGCUUCUCCCGCGACCUUAAGCUCUUUGUCGGGAAUCUCCCCUUCAGUGUCGACAGUGCGCGGCUCGCGGAGCUCUUCGAGAGUGCGGGGAAUGUGGAGGUGGUUGAGGUUAUUUAUGAUAAGACUACUGGGAGGAGCAGGGGGUUUGGGUUUGUGACCAUGUCUUCCGUUGAGGAAGCUGAAGCGGCUGCUAAGCAGUUCAAUGGCUAUGAACUUGAUGGAAGAUCAUUGAGAGUGAAUUCUGGACCACCUCCUGCUCGGAAUGAGAGUGCUCCUCGGUUUAGAGGUGGUUCUUCUUUCGGUUCCAGAGGUGGUGGUCCUUCAGAUAGUGAAAACCGUGUUCAUGUAGGUAAUCUUGCUUGGGGUGUUGACGAUGUAGCACUUGAGUCUUUGUUCCGUGAACAAGGGAAGAAGGUCUUGGAAGCUAGGGUAAUCUAUGAUAGGGAAAGUGGACGAUCUAGAGGCUUUGGAUUCGUGACUUUCGGUAGCCCUGAUGAGGUCAAAAGUGCAAUUCAGUCCUUAGAUGGUGUGGACUUGAAUGGCAGAGCUAUACGAGUCUCAUUAGCAGAUUCCAAGCCCAAGCGGUUCUGAAGCUUUUCAUCUAUACCCGAGAGAGGAUUUCGGUAGUUGGGACUUGGGAGUUAUACAGCUGCAAGAUGUCAUUGGCAAUCAGUUUGGACAAGAAAUACACUUACAUGCAUUGAGACUAGAUGUACACACAGUUUCAAUAUCUGACAGAGGAGAAUAUAUCAGUGUCUCUUGAAGUUUAAAUGUAUGUUCCAAAUUUGAUUGUUGUCAUUUGUAACUGAUUUGUAGUCCGUAUUUUCACUAUAGAAGUAGAUGUCUCAAAUAUUUAUUGGUUACCCCGUUCCAACAUUGUUGUGGAAGAAUUUUAUAAUUGCAAUGUGCCUGGAAAAUUAUCUACCACAGAUUUAUCUUUUGGUUCAAUUGUUUGGUGGAAAAGUUUAUGUUGAGGACUUAAGGUAAAUACAACCAAGAAUUUGGUUA